AUGGGAGACUACAGCAUAUACACCGGUGUCAAGAAGACGUUCAGUAUUGUUGACUAUGCUUGUUUUGGAGCAACUCUAGCAGUGUCUACAGGUAUUGGUAUAUACUAUGCAAUCAAGGACAAGCAGAGCACCAACUCUAAAGACUUUUUACUCGGGGGUCGUCAGAUGAGCAUUGUCCCUGUAUCGUUGUCCAUCCUUGUGACGUCGUUCUCAGCGACGACGUUGCUAGGGAUGCCGGCAGAAGUUUACUCCUACAACACAAUGAUCUGGUGGAUGUGUCUGUCAGCAUCCAUCGGUCUCGUCUUCGCUGCUAUCGUCUUCGUCCCGUUUUUUUAUAAUCUAAACGUCACCAGUGUUUAUGAGUAUUUAGAUAUGCGAUUUGGCCGAGGCAUUCGUGUCUUGGGGUCCAUUCUGUUCCUCAUCAAAGCGCUGACCUAUAUGGCGUUCGUCUUGUACGUUCCAUCGCUGGCCUUGAAUGCAGCAACAGAUUUCAGUUUAUGGGGAUCCGUGAUAGCAGUGGGAACAGUCGUCACAUUUUACACAGCUAUAGGUGGCAUGAAGGCUGUGCUGUGGACUGACACCUUCCAGGCAAUUGUCAUAAUAGGGGGCUUGACUGCUGCUCUUGUCCAAGGUUUGAGAGUUGUUGGAGGGCUUGAAGUUGCAUGGACGGUGGCCGAGGAGAGGUCACGCAUAUAUUUUACAGAGGCAAUGCUGAUUAGUGCUCCUUUCUUGGCCGCCAUCAUGUCAGUGUGUUGUCUUCUGGGCGUGACCAUGUUUGCAUUUUACAAGGACUGUCACCCUUUGAAGUUCAACAAUCUCAUAUCACGAAGCGAUCAGAUUCUACCUCUGUAUAUUAUGGACAUUCUGGGACAUCUUCCUGGCCUUCCUGGAAUCUUCAUCUCCUGUUUAUUUAGUGGCAGUCUGAGCACCCUGUCAUCUUCACUGACGGCCUUAAGCGCUGUGGUGCCUCGAGAUCUCAUUCAACCAUUUUGUUGUAAACGAAUUGGCGACAAAAUGUUGACCGUAUUGUCGAAAGCCAUUGAAGCAACUCUGACUGCCCAACGGACGUUUGUCAACCAAGGUUCUUGGUUUGGGUACCCCAAGGGCAAGGGCAAGGGCAAGGGCAAGGGGCCCUCUGUACAAAAUGUGGGUGGAGGAUGGGAGCUGUCAUCCAGCACUGCAAGUACAGUAUUAUCAAUCUACAAAAUGUCCUACAUGUGGUCUCCUACGGCCCUCUUAAUAGAAAUUGUCGUUGGUCUCCUCGUCAGUGCCCUUACAGGAUGUACGAAACCAGAAGAUUUAAGACCAGAGCUGAUUUGCCCACUAGUUGACCAGUUGUGUCCAUUCCUACCAGAGUCAUGGAGAGAACGUUUACGUUUUCACAAGACUACAAAGAGGUCUCAGGAAACAAGUGGUGCCGAAGAAACGAACCAUCACCACAUGGACGAGUCAACGACCUCCUUCCUUCAUGACAGGGAUCUUUGGGCAAACGAGUCUAUACCGCACACGCUUUGAUUUGGGUGACAAUUAGAAGCUCUGAGAUUCAAAAUGUUGAAUUAAGUCUUGAAGUGGUUCCUGCUGCUGUCGACAGAAACGUUUUGACGUCAUAGUGGUCAUUGCUACUGGACGGACGCGUUUGUUUGUUGUUUUAACGCAGUAGUAUUCCAACUGUAUGGCGGUGGUCUGUAAAUGAUCGAAUCUGGACCAGACAAUCCAGUGACUGAAGUCAUGAACAUCGGCCUAUACAUUUGGGAUACGACGACAUGCAUAGACCAAGUCAGCGAGCCUGACCACUCGAUCCCGUUAGUCGCCUCUUACCAACUGAUGACCAACUCUGAUCAGCGCUGAUACUUUGAAUGCACAAUUAAUUGCGCACAUUGAUGAAUGAUAAUAAAGUAACGCCAGCAAAUUGUUUUGAAUAUAUGUAUAAAUAUGUUAGUGUGAAA